ACCGCUGCGCAUUGUAAUAAAUACACGUCGGAUUCGAUUAUAGGUUUUACCAAGCCUGGUGAGACUGCCCAGCUGUCUGCCAUGGGCGGGGACACCCCUGUGGACCGCUCGUACAUAGUGGCCAAGUACCUGGCGCCGACGAUCCACGUGUCGCUGAUCGGCUCUCUGACGGCCGUCACGGUGCUGCUGCGCCUGCUGGACGGCGAGUCGGUGUGGUUCUGCUUCCUGUUCCCGGCGCUGAUCGCUGCCAACUGGGCCCAGUUCAUGCGCCACCCGAGCUUCGUGCAGCUGUCGGACCGGCCCGAGAACGACGUCAGUCGGUACCCGCAGCGCGCGCCGGCCGAGUGCGCCACCAUCCGACCCACGGCCGCCGACGUGCACGAGCGGCUCAUGGACCCGGCGCCGCGCUACCAGAUCGCCGACGGCGUCCACUUUUGCCGCCGGUGCGCGUUCCACGUGCCGGCGUGCUCGCACCACUGUCCGCUGUGCCGCCACUGCAUCCGGCUGCGCGACCACCACUGCUUCUUCCUGGGCGCCUGCGUGGGCCGCGACAACAUGGUCUACUUCGUGUCGUUCUGCCUGCACGCGUGUCUGGGCUGCGCGGUGGCCGCCUGGACGCUGGGCGGCCACCUGCACGCGGCGCACCUUCCGCUGAACACGGUGCACGGGGCGGUGAACUUCCUGCCGCCGGCGGCGGUGGCCAGCUGGGUGCUGGGCACGGUCAGCGGCCUGGCGGUCGGCUACCUGGUGCUGCUCUACCUGGCCGUCACCACCUGCCUGGGCACCGGAUUCAUGUUCGGCUACCACAUGGCGCUGCUGGCGUCCGGCCAGGUGGCGCACAUGUGGUCGGUGACGCCGCGCCUGGAGGUGUCGCCGCGCGCCGGACAGCACUGCCGGCGCGUGUUCGGCCGCCACGGCCUGCUGCAGCUGCUGCUGCCGCUCGACCGGCGACCCUACCCGAGCCUCGACCGCGACGACUUCGGCCUGGAGGAGAUCAAGGUGCUCUGAGUAGUCGGACUCGGGAGGAUCGGUGUCACCGGGAGCGGAGGCCAGCACCAGGUCAGGGUAUGGGCAUUACGGGACGGGUCGCCUAUUACAAACCCAAGAGCGGUAUAUACCCGUGCUGAUGCAUAACACAUUUUCUGCUGCAUCUUCAGCCUAUGUUAUGCUCAAAAGUAGUAUUAUCUUAUCCCUCUCGCAUCUCAUUCGUGUCUAAUGGGCAGGUUAUAAAAAGUGCCUACCAAAUAUCUAUAGAUCAGCGCACGGUCGAUUUUAGAUACGCGUUUGCUGGAAGCGGAGGAGAGUAAAUGCCGGAUUAUAUGUCUUAUUCCUAGAUGCGACGGCCUGUAUAGCGACCAUAAAAGUGUACGAGGUCGAUUCCUGUCGGGGAAGAGUCACGCGAUAGACUCAGGGGGCAGCGAUCGCUUGGACUGCCGCCAGGCUCUAAGGGCUGCUAAAUGCUCGCCGUCAUACGGCAAUGAAUAGCAUAACGACCGUCUGCGCUCAAAUUGGGGCUUACCUAUCCGCUAAAUUGUCUUUUUUGUGACUGUCAUCCGCCAUUCACCCUAGAUUGAUUUUGCUUCGAUGUAGAAAGGCAUCAUUCACUUUUUUACUGUCAAUUCCAAUAAUUAGUUACAUCUUUAGUACUUGGGUAGGAUUUAUUUCGCAGCGUAACAGCAUAGCAUAACAGAUGCAUUUUGCAUCGUCAUGUUGGUAUGACGUCAUUCAAGCUGUCUUUUUCACGCAAAACGAAAAUUCAUGUAGCUCAAGUUUAUGGUUUGUCGUAAACAUUCUGGUGACACGCCGUUGUGUAGCGUGAUAACGGGGACCGGCGCGGCUAGUUUUAGUUCUUAGACCUUGAGGUUUGAUCGCUUGAUAUGCUCUUCGGAUGUAGAUUUAGCGCAGUUCUACAGCAUAGUACUAGUUAAGGGUGGAGCUGUUGUUAUCGUUUUGUAUGGAGUGCAUUGUUUGAUUUAUCGCAGAGCUAAAGACCGACAAUCCCAUUCUACCUAUUGCUAAUUCACUUCUUUUUAGUCAUUCCAGCCCAUGCUGUCUUUCCUGUUUUGUCUUGCUUGUCUAUUGCUACCUGCUAAACAUUUUGUUUAUGCUUUGGGCUCUAUUUUUAUGAACUACUAGGUGCCGAGCAUUACGCGCAGCGUAAUAAGUCAAGUUUCAAUAAAGUUUCAAUAAAAUCGGCCCAGUAGCGGCCGAGUUAUGGCCAGAAUAAAUGUUGCGUCUCCUCUUGGCCGGCGGUGCUCUGUUCCGGUAUUCAUUGCCAAAGGUCAGUGACCUUCCGGCUCUGAUUUGGCUCAGUUUUGAAAGCGAAGAAACUGAGCCUAAGGCACGUGCCGUCUGCUCGGCGCCGGCCGCGGCCCAAAAUGCGGCAAAGAUGCGCCCGCCACGUGCAAACCGACGAGCGCACCCCCACCAAAAUUUAAUACGACAAAUGGUUGCACGCGCCCGACCCGGCGCCAAAGUUUCAACCCCCUAGCCCGCACCGUUUCGGAGCAAUAGCCCGCCAAGCGUGACUGACGCGUUACAUACAUACAUACGUACAGACAUUUUGAUUUUUAUAUAUGUAACUAGAGGGACAGCAUUACGCGCAGCGUAAUAAAUCAAUUUUCAUCAAAAUCGGCCCAGUAGCGGCCGAGUUAUGGCCAGAAUAAAUUUGGCGUCUCCUCUUGGCCGGCGGUGCCCUUUUCCGGUAUUCAUUGCCAAAGGUCAGUGACCUUCCGGCUUUAAUUUCACUCAGUUUUGCAGCGAAGAAACUGAGCCUACGGCACGUGCCGUCUGCUCGGCGCCGGCCGCGGCCCAAAAUGCGGCAAAGAUGCGCCCGCCACGUGCACACCGCUGCACGCACCCCCUCGAAAAGUUGAUACGACAAACAGAUGCACGCGUCCGACUCGGCGCCAAAAUUUCACCCCCGCAGCCCGCACCGUUCCACAGCAAUAGCCCGCCAAGCGUGACGGACGCGUUACAUACAUACGUACAGACAUUUUGAUUUUUAUAUAUGUAAAUAGUUACAAAUGUUAGGUAGUAAUAUGAGGAACGUUCUUUGUUAAUCAUAGAUAACACGUUGGCACAACAGUCAAAUGUCGCGAUACCUAAUACUCUUAGUACUUAUUGGUACACUUUUAACUUGCCUCAUGAACCUAUCGGUCAAUUUCCUGUUAUUGCUCGGAUUUUGACCUAAUCAUUUUUUACAUUCUUUUAAGCUUUUUAAAUUUUUUAUUAAGUAUACCAAUAUGUCUUUUGAUGCUUGCUCUUCAUCUUGCUUCAUUUUGUAUUUUCUUUUAUAUUUUGUGUUAUUUUCUACUGUAAUCCUAUAGGAUUACAGUAUAAUCACCAUAGAUGGUGCUUGUGUUGCAUUAUUAAUUAAAAAUGUGUGAAAUCCAAACGGCUCAAGCGAUCUGCUGAUUCAGUUACGAGCUUAAUUCGAGGGGCUAUUCUCAUCCGGGACAUGCCGGAUGCGCGUAACAUGCAUAGUCACCGCUUGCUAGUCUUCGUUUAGUAUCGUCCAUGCCAUGUUUAGUUAGGUACGCCGCUAGCUUAUUUUUUUAUACCAUCUCACAGUGGCCUGGCCAGCUCGCUCAGUAUCGCGGUUAAUGUGACCUGUAGGGACGGGUUAAUGGCUACGUCCAUGUAUUUUCAUUGUUGCCUUUGUGAUGUGUUUGUAGUCCAUUUGUAGUCACACGGCAAUAAUUUCAACGUUAGCCAUGUUGCUCUUAUUCAUUUACAUUUUGUACCGCUCAUUGCAUUUUUUUUCUUUUUGCUAACAUGCUAAAUCCUCAUUUCCGAAACAUCGACUCUGACAACGAUAUAUGCAUGUAUGUAGCUAGACAGGCGCGUUACUGUAAUCCAGUUACUGGCUAUGUCACAUGCGUUCAAUGCUGAUGUGUCCUUCCUUUUACUCAUAGGAUUCUUUGUCGAUAGUUGCUAGCAUCAAUGCUCCUGUCUUUUCUGCUCGUGUUAUAGCACAAUCAAUUAUUCCGGGACAUGAAAUGCGUGCGUUUGUGCGUGCUGCCAACAUGAGCUGUAUCAGUCUUAUGAUGUUCUGUCUGGCUCAGAAUGCUCCGUCCAUGACGUGAUAAAGCUUGACGUGCAGUGAUUUGAUGUGAUAACUAUAAUCUGUGAGCAUUCUGUCGUGCCGUAUAUCGGCCUCGCCAGUCUAUCCGGGCUGCUGUGGUGUUCUACACCACAGAUUACUACACCACAGAUGUAGAUUACAACGAUGCUCUUCGCUACUUAUCUCCUAUCGUUAUUGUGCUUUGCCUUUCAUCUCGACUUCGCACUAACUGAAUUUUACGCAUCGUUUGUGCAAUGUGCAAUGUGAAUUGUGUGUCCUAUCGUUGCUGUAUGUAUUUGUGUGACAUCAAGUCCAAUAAAUCAAUCAUAACAUUCCA